AUGAAAGCAACAAUGAAUGAUGAUACAUUAGUAGCAAAAAUUAAUGAUGAUGAUGAAGUAAAAGUUAUGGAAACGAUUGAUGGUCCAUUAAAAUGGUUAGCAACGAAUCAAUUAGCCGAAAAAGAUGAAUUUGAACAUAAAUUAAAAGAAUUAGAAACACUAUGCUCGCCUAUUAUGGCCAAAUUAUGUCAAAGUGAUGAUGUUGCGACCGGAGAAUCAGGUCGAACUGUUAAGGGUAACAGAGGUCCGACAAUCGAAGAAGUGGAUUCUUGUGGUUGA